AAGGACCAUCGCAAUCAGGAGCUGUAUUUUCCCCUGCAGUCGCCAUUGCUCCCACUACUUCUGCUGACAAUGGGGCUAGAUACCACAAGCACAUUACGAGAAAGUACCUCGAAUUCUGCGGGACGAGCGGCAGCUCCGACCAGCUCGAGAGCGAUUUUGCCGCCCUUGCGAUCACCCCACUGAACAACCCACGGUCGACGGCGCGGCCGCCCGGCAGCAAGAACACCGUCUACAACGACACGCGCAAUGCCGAGCUCUCCUCGAUCCUGCUCGGGAUGCGCAAGCUCCGCGAGGGUAUCACGGCUGCGCGCCGCACCGACAAAUUCGCCGUCGAGGUGUUCAAGCAGCACAUCCGCGCGGCGAUCCUGGUGCAGCAGAUCGACAACUACCACGCGGCACUGCUCUACCUGCUCUACAACCUGCACACAGCAAAUCCCCUACCGAACCUCGACGUGCAGGAGUUUGCAUCGUACCACAUGCUCCACCUCGCCGCACACCUCGAGGAAUACGGCGCCGCGCUCGCCGUCAAGAAUGAGUUCCGUGUCGUCGACAGACGGGCGCUGCAAGCUGUGCAUGCCAUCAUCCACGGCAACUAUUGGUCGUACCGCGCGGCCAGGAAUAGAGUCGAUCAGUACAUGGGGAGACUGAUCGACUACGCCGAGGACCGCAUGCGCAAGCUCAUGCUGAAAUCUAUCGGCGCAACGUACUUUACCGUCGAUCUCCCGUAUCUCGAGGUGGUUAGUGGGCUGCCGUGGAAGCGAUUGAGGGAGGAGUAUGGGGUGGGUUGGGAGCUUAAUGGUGCUACCAAGACGGUGACGGUGAGGAGGCCAAAGAUGAAGUCCAGCCCCGCACCGGUCGAACAGGUGGUGGUCGAGACCAAGCCCUUCGGUUGGCAUGACGAGAGGAUGGAGUGACGAUGGGGAUUAAAGGGUAGACGUGUUGUUGUUGCUUGCUUGCUGAUGUCGCUGCUUCCGGGGGAACAUCUCAUUUUCAUCGCGUGUUGUGGGGGUUUCUUUCAUUACUUAGGGGGAGCAUUGUCACGCGCCGGAAUUUGUACUCUGCCGUACUUUACUAUCAGUCUCUUGAUAGACUGUAUUCAUUGCGUGUCAAGCAAGGUGUUCGUCCGUCACUGUGAACGGAAGGGAGAAAAAAAGGCCGCAACACGCCGGCCAGUCCGUCAAAACAUAUUCGUCGUCAACUGCGGUAGAGUGCUCGUCCAAUGGAAUGGAGCACGGUGUCUCCACUCUCCCCUCUCCUCCCCCUCUCCCCCCGUCGGCCUCGCCUCCAAACAAUCAAAAAAUGGCGCAGAUUUUGAACACGUCCGUCAUCCGGCCCCGCAGUGACGAUACCGGAUGCCGAUAAAGAAAGAAAAGAAAAG